AUGGAAGUGAACGGUGUAGUUCUAUGUGAUAAUCUAAUCAAGUGGUUACAGACAUUAAACCUUACCGCAAAACAUGAAAAUCCAUCAGAGUUAUCAGAUGGUGUGGCUAUCGCUGAAGCUCUUACUCAAAUUGCACCUGAAUAUUUUACAUCUUCAUGGAUUUCCAAGAUUAAAACAGAUGUUGGUCAUAAUUGGAGAUUAAAAGUCAGCAAUUUAAAGAAGAUAUUGGAGGGUGUUGUGGACUAUCACCAGGACAUACUUAAUUUAAGCCUACAAGAGCUUUCAAGACCUGAUGUUGUCAAUAUAGCAGAAAAUGCUGAUCCAGCUGACUUGGGACGGUUGCUGCAACUGGUUCUCAGUUGUGCAGUUAAUUGCAAUAAAAAGGAAGAGUACAUCACUCGUAUUAUGGAACUAGAGCUAUCAUGUCAGCGCUCGAUAAUGCAAGCAAUACAGGAAUUGGAGACAUUGACUCUGGGACCGAAUCGAGGCAGCUUACACUUGGAGCCGGCAGCCGCUGAAACUGAUGUUGAUAUGCGAGAUGCCCUUGCACAGAGAUGUCAUGAGCUUGAUAACCAGGUGAAAAUUCUUCAAGAGGAGAAGAUGACGCUGUUAAGCGAGGUUAGCCGGUUAACGGCGUCUCAGUCGGGCGGAGGGUUAGGUGGGGCAGGUAUGGGCGGUGAGUCGGGGGAGGAGCUGGUGGAGCGGGAGCUGGACGAGGCGGGCGCGUCGCUGGGGCCUGCUCACGCCGGCACGCUGCGCUACAGCCACAUGCGCGCGCAGCUCGACGCGCUCAAGCACGAGCUGGACAAGCUGGAGCUGCAGCGCGACGACCAGCGCGCGCGGGCCGACCAGCUCGAGCGCGAGCUCGCCAUGCUGCGCCUCAAGAACGACGAACUGCAGAUGGCUGCUUCAGAGAACGUAGCUCUGAAGGAUGAAUUAGACGCCCUGCGCGAGACGGCGGCUAAGGCGGCCGCUCUCGAGGCGACUGUGGCCUCUUACAAAAAAAGGAUGGAAGAGCACGUCGAUUUGAGGAGACAGGUAAAAUUACUAGAGCGCGCUAAUAUGGAGCACGUGCAGCGCGCAAUCGAGCAAGAGCAGGCUGCAACUAGGGCGAAUGCUAUCCGGGCACAACUUGAUAUCUACAAGAAACAGGUAAUGGAUCUCAACGAGAAGCUGGACGCGGAAAUUACGAAAGCAGACAAAUUAGAGAUAGAGAACAAGAAGCUGAGUAGUCGCUCGGCGUCGUUGCAGAGAGAACGUGAUGCUCUGCUGCAAGAACGCGACACGCUGCGAGAGACCGUCGACGAACUGCGUUGCUCUACCAUUACGGCAGGCGCCAGUGAAGAUAACGUGUCCAAGGAACUGAUGCCCAAUGAUUUGAAGGAACGUUUGGUACGGCUCGAACAUGAGAAUAAGUUAUUACGGCAAAAUCAAGGAGCACAAGCUGAUCAGGCUUCAGUUCAGGCGCUGCUGGAGGACUACGCGGCGCGGCUGGAGAAGCAGCGCGCGCUGAACCGCGAGGCCAACCAGCGCAUCAUGCAGCUGGAGGCCUCGCUCGAGGCGCCGCACCCGCGCCUCGCCUCCGCCAUCGAGGACAGCCAGCGGAAAUCGCUGCAAGUGGAGGAGCUGCAGGGCGCGCUGGCGGAGGAGCGGCGACGCGGCGCCAAGCUGCAGGAGGCGCUGGCGGCGCGCGACGCCGAGCUGCUCGCGCACGAGGACAAGUACAAGAAGUGCGUCGAGAAGGCCAAGGAGGUCAUCAAGUCGCUCGACCCCAGGACCAUAACCACCGGGCAGCAGUCGCUGUCGGAUAUAACGCUGGGCUACUCGCGCGCGGGCGCCAGCAACGCGAGCGCGUCGCGUACCGACGCGCCGAACAACACCCGCCACGACUGGAGUGGAAGCGGAAGCGGCAGCGAGGACGCGCGUUCCAGCAGCAACGAGCAGCGGCUGCUGGCGUCCGCGUGGUACCAGCUCAGCAUGCGCUGCCACCGCGAGGCCGUCGAGCAGCGGUUCGCGCUCCUGGCGGGCGGCCAUUCGUUCCUCGCGCGGCAGCGGCGCCAGCAGCCACGCACGCGAGCGCCCGCCGCCGCCUCCACGCCCGCGCCCGCUUCCGCGCACGCACCAUGA